AUGGAUGAAAGGAUUGUGUCCCAGAUUCUGAUCCCAGUUACACUGUGUAAAUGUGGAGUAAGAAUCUUCUCCCAAAGGGAAAUGCAUACACACAAAGGGGAUGAAGUUAAAGCCAUGGAUGAGAAGAACCAGUCCAUUAUCGUAAGCGGAGAAUCCGGUGCCGGAAAGACAGUCUCUGCCAAAUAUGCCAUGCGCUUCUUCGCAUCUGUUGGUGGCUCUGCCAGUGAGACCAACAUUGAAGAGAAGGUCCUUGCAUCCAGUCCAAUCAUGGAGGCAAUUGGAAAUGCUAAAACAACCAGGAACGACAACAGCAGUCGCUUUGGGAAAUACAUUCAGAUUGGCUUUGAUAAAAGAUACCAUAUCAUUGGUGCCAACAUGAGGACGUAUCUAUUGGAAAAAUCAAGAGUUGUGUUCCAGGCAGAUGAUGAACGAAACUAUCAUAUCUUCUAUCAGCUGUGUGCCUCUGCCAGUCUUCCAGAAUUUAAAGACUUAGCACUAACAUGUGCUGAAGACUUUUUCUACACUUCUAUGGGAGGCGACACAACUAUUGAUGGAGUUGAUGAUGCUGAUGAUUUUGACAAAACCAGACAUGCUUUCACCCUGCUUGGAGUGAAAGAGUCUCAUCAGAUGAGCAUUUUUAAGAUAAUAGCUUCCAUCCUGCACCUAGGAAACUUGGAAAUUCAAGCAGAACGAGAUGGAGACUCUUGUAGUAUAUCGAAACAGGAUGAACACCUGAAUAAUUUUUGCAGAUUGCUUGGAGUGGAGCACAGCCAGAUGGAGCACUGGCUGUGCCAUCGGAAGCUUGUCACAACAGCUGAGACGUACAUCAAGCCCAUGUCUGUGCAGCAAGUCGUGAAUGCCAGGAAUGCGCUGGCUAAGCAUAUAUAUGCCCAGCUGUUUAACUGGAUUGUGGAGCAUAUCAACAAAGCCCUGCAUACCACUGUCAAGCAGCACUCAUUCAUUGGGGUUCUGGAUAUCUAUGGGUUUGAAACUUUUGAAGUGAAUAGCUUUGAACAGUUUUGUAUCAACUAUGCCAACGAAAAACUCCAACAGCAGUUCAACUCGCAUGUAUUUAAGCUGGAGCAAGAAGAAUAUAUGAAGGAACAAAUCCCUUGGACUCUUAUAGAUUUUUAUGACAAUCAGCCCUGCAUAGACCUUAUAGAAGCCAAACUUGGUAUCUUGGACCUAUUGGAUGAAGAGUGUAAGGUUCCUAAAGGAACUGACCAGAACUGGGCUCAGAAAUUAUAUGACAGACAUUCCAGCAGCCAGCACUUCCAAAAACCUCGAAUGUCCAAUACCUCCUUCAUUGUUGUUCACUUUGCAGAUAAGGUGGAGUAUCAGUCUGAUGGAUUUCUGGAGAAAAAUAGGGACACUGUAUAUGAAGAACAGAUCAACAUACUGAAGGCCAGCAAGUAUCAAAUGGUAGCUGACUUAUUUCAAGAUGAAAAGGAUUCUGUGCCUGCUACUCCUAACAUAAAGGGAGCUGCCCCCAAAAUCAGCGUCCGUUCUGCCAGACCAGCUGUGAAAGCUGCCAACAAAGAGCACAAGAAAACCGUGGGGCACCAGUUCCGAAACUCCUUGCGUUUAUUGAUGGAGACACUGAAUGCUACCACUCCACACUAUGUGCGCUGCAUCAAGCCAAAUGAUGAGAAACUUCCAUUCAAAUUUGAUCCAAAGAGAGCAGUCCAGCAGUUAAGAGCCUGUGGUGUGUUGGAGACCAUCCGUAUCAGUGCAGCUGGCUACCCAUCCAGGUGGUCCUACCAUGACUUUUUCAAUAGGUAUCGAGUUCUUAUGAAAAAGAGGGAGAUCUCUAAAAAUGACAAGAAGUUGAUCUGUAAAACGCUUCUGGAAAACCUCAUUAAGGAUCCUGACAAGUUCCAGUUUGGACGUACCAAGAUCUUUUUCCGUGCAGGCCAGGUGGCAUAUCUGGAGAAACUGCGGGCAGAUAAAUUCAGAGCUGCUACUAUCAUGAUACAGAAGACAGUGCGGGGCUGGCUGCAGAGGGUGAAGUACAGAAGGAUGAGAAAUGCUGCAAUAACAAUCCAGAGGUAUACACGAGGACACCUGGCUCGCAGACUGGCAGACCACCUAAGGAAAACAAGAGCUGCCAUCAUUUUCCAGAAACAAUACCGAAUGUUGAGGAUCCUUCGUGCUUUCCAGAAAAUCCGCAACGCCACUAUCACUAUUCAGGCCUUCGCUCGGGGCAUGUUUGUCAGGAAAAUUUACCACAAGAUCCUUUUGGAGCACAAAGCUACCAUCAUCCAGAAACGUGCCCGGGCCUGGCUGGCGCGUAAGCAAUUCCUCCGCUUCAAGUGUGCAGCUGUGGUCAUCCAAUGCUACUUCAGGCGCAUGAAGGCCAGGCAAGAGCUGAAGAAACUGAAGAUUGAAGCACGGUCUGCACAGCACUUGAAGAAACUCAAUAUCGGCAUGGAGAACAAGGUGGUUCAGCUUCAGAGGAAGAUAGAUGAUCAGAACAAAGAAUACAGGCACCUGAAUGAGCAGCUCUCUGCACUUACCUCUGCCUAUUCCACUGAUGUGGAAAAGCUGAAGAAGGAGCUGGAGCAAUAUCGGCAGAAUCGGGGGGAUACCAACCAGCUUGUAAACUUGAAAAAAGAGAUUGAGAGCCUCAGGCUGGAGCUCGAGAAAUCCCACAGUGAAAGGAAGAUUAUUGAAGACACCUAUGAUAAGGAGAAAGAUCUACUCCGAAAGCGCGUAUCAGACCUAGAAGCGGAGAAUGCUCUUUUGAAACAGGAAAAAGAGGAGCUUAACAACAGAAUCCUAUGUCAGUCUGAAGAUGAAUUUGCCCAAACCACUGUCAAGGAAAAUCUCCUGACGAAGAAGGAGCUGGAAGAGGAGCGAUCUCGUUAUCAGAACCUGGUAAAGGAGUAUUCAAGGCUGGAGCAGAGAUAUGACAAUUUGAGGGAUGAGAUGACUAUUAUAAAGCAGACUCCAGGACACAGAAGGAACCCAUCUAACCAGAGCAGUCUAGAGUCUGAUUCCAAUUGUCCAUCAGUCUCUACAUCUGAGAUAGGAGACACAGAGGAUGCAAUACAACAAGUGGAGGAUGUUGGUUUGGAUAAAGCAGCCAUGGAUAUGACUCUCUUCCUGAAGCUACAAAAGCGAGUGAGGGAGCUUGAACAGGAGAGAAAGAAACUACAAACCCAGCUGGAGAAAAAGAAAUCCCAGGUAAUUGAAACGAAGAAUGAAAUGGAUUCAGACCGUGAUACAGAUCUAGCCUACAACAGUCUGAAGAGGCAAGAAUUGGAAUCCGAGAACAAGAAACUGAAAAAUGAACUGAAUGAGCUGAGGAAGACUAUUGUAGACCGGGUGACCCAAAACAACUCAUCCAGUGAUAUCCAGGACAGUUAUACCCUCUUAUUAAACCAGCUUAAAUCAGCCAAUGAGGAACUGGAAGUGCGGAAAGAGGAGGUGCUUAUCCUAAGGACACAGAUUAUAAAGGCAGCCCAGCAAAAAGACACUGGCAAAAAUAUGGACUCAAACAUCAACACGUAUACCAGCUGGCCAAACAGCGACAAGCAUGUCGAUGCAGAGGAUGCAAUUGAGGCCUACCAUGGGGUGUGUCAGACAAAUCGCAAGACUGAGGACUGGGGCUAUCUCAAUGAAGAUGGAGAGCUCGGCUUGGCCUAUCAGGGUCUAAAGCAAGUUGCCAGGCUCCUGGAAGCCCAGCUUCAGGAUCAGAGGAGAGAGCACGAAGAGGAGGUGGAAACGCUGAAAACCCAGAUGGAAACCCUGAGAGAAGAGAUGGAGAAACAGCAGCAGGCAUUUUUCCAGACCCUACAGCUACCACCAGAGGCCCAGGUGGAAUUUGGCAUCCAGCAAGAAAUCACACGUCUCUCAAAUGAAAAUCUGGAUCUCAAAGAGUUACUAGAAAAACUAGAAAAGAAUGAGAAGAAGCUGAAGAAACAGCUAAAGAUUUACAUGAAGAAGGUCCAGGAUUUUGAAGCGACCCAAGCUACAGCACAGACAGAGAGGAGGCGACAUGAGCUUACCAGGCAGGUCACUGUCCAACGGAAGGAAAAAGAUUUCCAGGGAAUGUUGGAAUAUUACAAGGAAGAUGAGCCACUUCUCAUCCGAAACCUCAUUACAGAUCUCAAACCGCAGACAGUUUCUGCCACAGUUCCAUGUCUUCCUGCUUACAUCCUAUACAUGUGCAUCAGGCAUGCAGAUUACAUCAAUGACGACCAGAAAGUGCACUCCUUACUCACCUCCACCAUAAACGGCAUUAAGAAAGUAUUAAAGAAACACAAUGAUGACUUUCAGAUGACGUCAUUUUGGUUGGCUAACACCUGUCGCCUCUUACAUUGUCUAAAGCAGUACAGCGGGGAUACGGGUUUUAUGACACAAAAUACCGCUAAGCAGAAUGAGCACUGUCUUAAGAAUUUUGACCUCACGGAGUACCGGCAGGUUUUAAGUGACCUCUCCAUUCAGAUCUAUCAGCAGCUCUUUAAGAUAGCAGAAGGCAUGUUGCAACCAAUGAUAGUGUCUGCAAUGUUGGAAAGUGAGAGCAUCCAGGGUCUGUCAGGCGUGAAGCCAAUGGGCUACAGGAACCGAUCAUCCAGCAUGGUAGAUGGUGACAACUCUUACAGCUUAGACGCAGUCAUUCGCCAACUGAAUACGUUUCACAGCAUCAUGUGUGACCAGGGCUUGGACCCGGAGAUUAUUCAGCAAGUCUUCAAGCAGCUCUUCUACAUGAUCAGUGCAGUAACGCUGAACAACCUCCUGCUGAGAAAAGAUGUCUGUUCGUGGAGCACUGGUAUGCAGCUCAGGUAUAACAUAAGCCAGCUGGAGGAAUGGUUGCGUGGGAAGAAUUUGCAACAGAGUGGAGCAGCAGAGACAGUGGAACCCCUGAUCCAGGCAGCACAACUGCUUCAGCUCAAAAAGAAAACUUCAGAAGAUGCUGAGGCUAUCUGUUCCUUAUGUACAUCCCUCUCUACGCAGCAGAUUGUAAAAAUAUUAAAUCUCUAUACUCCUGUUAAUGAGUUUGAAGAACGUGUGACAGUAGCCUUCAUACGAAACAUUCAGGCAAAUUUGCAAGAGCGAAAUGACCCUCCACAGCUGCUGUUAGACUACAAAUAUAUGUUCCCAGUUUUGUUUCCGUUCAGCCCAUCCUCCAUAACCAUGGACUCUAUUCACAUCCCUGCUUCUCUCAACUUGGAAUUUCUCAAUGAAGUCUGAAGAAAAUGUCUUCGAACCGGUCCCCCUUCGCCAGAGAAUUCAAGCAAAAAAAAAGAAAGAUCUUUUUAAUGUGGACCAAACAAGAUUAUGGAAGAACCAAUACACAGUAAUCAGUUAGUGUUAAACUUUAUACUAUAGUAAGAAACUGAUCUUGCACGUGAUUUUUUUUUGGUAACUUGCAGCUCAAAAUAAGAAUUCUUGAAAUACAGAAUUUUUUUACUGCUUGAUUUCAUGUUGAAAUAGUGCAAAGCCCAUAGCAGAGUCUCCAACAGAUAUGAACAGCAAACACUGGGCAAGUGGGAGAUGGUUAAUUUGGUCUUCAUAAGGGGCUAUGAAGAAACUCCAGAUAAAAAUCAAAGUCAAAACACUGUCUUCAGAAAAACGAUGGCAUUGAUAAGGUGAUUUGUACAUAUUAAUGCAUUUCUAUGCAGAGAUACAAUUUCACAUUUGUUCCUGUUGCUAGUCACUGUAUCACAAUAGUCAGUUCAGGAAUGUAAGUUGCAAAAUGUGCAAAUAAGUGUUCAUCACACAGAUUAAGGUGACAGACUGAAAACUAUGCUUGUUUUCACUAAGGUGGAUUUCAUUUGUCAGGAAUUCUGACUUCCUGAAAGUCACCAUUGCUCUACAGGUUUUUAAUACCUUACAUAAUUAUGGAGGGCAGUAGCUGUUUCCAUGGGCUGAUAUAGCCAGUACCAGAAUCCAUGUAACAAAACUAUACCUACACCCAUGGACGUCCCUAGGGGGGUUUCGGGCCCGGGACAUAGGCGCCAAGUUUCUAAUCUGUCAAGAGGUGCUCCCCUGGCUCCGCCCCCACUCCACCCCUUCCCCCAAGGUACCGCCUAUUCCUGCCCUGCCUCUUCCCCACCCAGUUUCGCUCCUCUCCCCUCCCCCCAGCACUUUCUGACGCCGUGAAAUAACUGAUCCACGGUAGGCGCUGAGAAGCAGGUGCAGGUGCUGGGGGGAAGGGGAGGUUCUGGUAGGGGGGCUGCCAGUGGCCGCUGCUCAUCUCAUUACCCCCCC